ACUCUCUCUCUUCCACUCCCUCUGUCUUUCCUUCUCACACACGCACAGGCUGUGAGCGCUUUAGUUCAGUCUGGCUGAACUGGUCCAAAGAUGCUUUACUAGUUUGUGACGGACAACAAUGCAGAACGAGCCGCGGAAGUAUGGGAAGGUAACUUUACGCACGGCGCAAAGGGGAGUCGGGAGCGACAUCGGCAUGGAUCAGAUGUGUGCGCAUCCUCGUGGAAAGUCAUUUGAAGAGGAGACAUGAGCAGCCGUGCCACAGGAGGGUCCACGGUGUGGAAAUUGUAAAAGUUUCUCAGUGGAAUAACGGCUAAGAUUCAAACAUUCAGCGGGAGUCACUUUUGGAGAUGAAAUUACGCACGGGGUUCUUUUAACAAAUGCCAUCUUGAAGUCCUGUUUGCCGUUCUACUGUCGCAUCUUUUCAUCAGUAAGCGAGUGAGUGAGUGCUGUUACCAUCUUUCACCCACAGAGUGAAAGCCUUUCUCUCCUUCUGUGCGCCAGCGUGGGGCCACAGGCCAACCUGGCUGAGGAUGUGGGGAGGAGGUUUCAUAUCUGUCACCGCGUUGUUGACUUUUCUCCUGGUCAUUAUUGACGUUCAAGCCAGCGGCGAAUAUUGCCACGGUUGGCACGACUCUCAGGGCGCGUGGAAAGAAGGAUUCCAGUGUCCGGAGAAGAUCGAUGGAGAAGACGCGAUCAUCUGCUGCGGGAAGUGCGAGCUGCGGUACUGCUGCUCCAGCACGGACGCACGGCUGGACCAAGGCAGCUGCGACAACGACCGAAAGGCUCCGGAGCCCGGGACGGCCAGCAAGGAGGACAAGGACACCGGAGCAGUGCCUAUCUACGUGCCCUUCCUCAUCGUCGGCUCGGUGUUUGUAGCGUUCAUUUUGGUGGGCUCUCUGGUUGCAGUGUGCUGCUGCCGCUGCCUCCGACCCAAACAGGAACUGCCGCCAGGAGGCAGCACAAGAGGUGGAACCAGCGGCGGGCGUCUCUUGGAAACCAUCCCCAUGAUGGCCAGCGUGGGGACCUCCAGAGGUUCGUCAUCCCGCCAGUCCAGCACAGCCACCUCAUCCAGCUCCUCAGCCCCCGCCACUGCACCCCGCCCCGCACCGCCGGCCCUCAUGCGCGCCCAGGCCUCCUGCUGUGUAUCCCCUGACGCCAGCGUCUUUGUCAACAUGCCCACCAACUUCUCUGUACUCAACUGUCAGCAGGCCACACAGAUCAUGCCUCACCAGGGACAGUUCCUACACCCGCAGUACAUCGGCUAUGCCCACCCCGUUUCUGCUACGGCUUCUUUCCUGGAUCACACUCAGGGAGGGUACAGACCCCUUCAGUCCCCCUGCCCUCCAACUGCCGGCGGGGCCAGCAUCAAUAGCGAGCAGCAGAAACAUCCUCCGGUGACUGUGUGAUGGGCCAACCCGCAUACCACUGUGCCACUUGAACACUAACAGCAAAGCGGAACCUUUGAGGGUGCUGCCAGGAACCUUUAGGCAAUGAUGCCAAAGAGUCACACAUGAAGGACUCAUAUAGCCGUUGCUAUUAUGUUUGCUAUCUGUUUAGUGUUAUAACCUGCUGGCAAGUCAGCUCAGAUCAGCCGAUGAUGCCAUCUUGUACAAGGACAGAACUGCAUAUUGGUGGUUUAUAUGGCUCACAAGAGGAAAUACUGCACGGCUAAAAUCAUAACAGUAACAAAAAGACAUGCACAGGUUUGCAUACAUGUGCAAGUAGGAAUAAAUGACUUGCUGGCUGCAGAAUGAGCGAUGAAUGGAUGAUUAAUAGCAGUGGGGUGUAUGUAAAGUGAACUUUCAUGCAAAAAAAAGUUAUGCCCACAUGCUGUGUUUAUGCCAUGUGCACAUCUGCACUUGCAAAUGGUUUACACAAUACUGUAUGAGUUUAUGUUUAAAGCGAGUACAGAAAGCCUGUGAGAUGUGUUGGGUGGGUGGGGGGGCAUGAGCAACUAAUGGGAAAUGCAGGUGGUGUGAUGUGAAAGGCAGUCACAAUUUCCCCAUAGACCAUUUAAACUUUAAUGAAGUGAACACAGGACAUAGACUGUGAUGCCCCACCCAACUGCAACCCCACCACCACCUUAAAAAGAAAGAAAGCCUAAUUCCCAAAGCGGAAAUACAAUCAAAAUAUUCACACAGGUCUGGCAGUAAAAGCACCAAAAAGGUGUGGGGUGCGUGACAAAAAAGAAUGAGCGAGUCCUCUGAAGAUUAGAGGUAAUUAUGCAGUAGAAAAGUGCACCAACUGGCCCCCUUUGCUCAUGUGUACUUAACAGUUCAGUGCGUCAGCUGAGGGCAGCGGAGUGCUAACGGAUGUCAUUAUUUUCCACUUACUGAAUGCACAGAAAUGGCAGUUAACCGGUUGUUAGUAUGGAAAAUGAAAGAAUAAAAAAAAAACUAAUUUCAAUGAUGUUGGGUCUGUAAUGAGAGUCGGUAACAUGCAGCUUUGAGGAAUGUGCUGCUCGGCUGAGCGUGCAGACGGAGAUGUCCCAUACAAUGCUGAAACCUCAUCUGUACUCAAAGCACAAAGUCUGUAACAUACAAGAGGCAGCUCGUGAACAUAAUCAAAGAAAUUAAGUGUAAGAUGACUUCAGGUCUGUGAAAUCCAUUUUUGACUACAGGAGGAACAUUUUUCAUAUGAAUUAAAAAAAUAAACAGCUUUCAAGC